AUGGCAUCUUUCAACAAAUUAAAAAACAUGUUAAUGCUGGCAUUUGACUGGAUUCUGUACAGUGCUGGUGCUGCAGAUACCUGCCAAGUCACUGUAACACAACCCGGAUUUCAGGAAGCUGACUACUCUACGCACACUGUUGUCCUAACAUGUGCUUUCUCUGCCUCUGGAUGCCCCUCGUCCCCGCCUCAAGUUCUAUGGUUUCGCUUUUUAACGGAUAAACAUGAGGAUUUGUGUACUCCUGGAUGCACAGAUCAUCAGAAGUACAUAGUUAAGUUAUCAGAAAAUAACAUUUCACUUCAGAUCAAUGAUCUGACUGUAGAUGACAAUGCUGUUUAUAUCUGCGGAAUAGCAUUUUCAGACUCAAGUUCACCCCGUUCUAAACAAACAGGAGAUGGAACAGUACUAACGAAAACAGAGAAGCAGCACAGCAAUGGAAAACUCGUCUUCACCUUCAUGAUCAUCGCCUCAUCCUUACUGUUUCUAUACAGUACUACUGUAUUCACAUUCUUUGUAGUCUCCAAGUUAAAACCAAAGCUGCUACAGAAAAGUGGGAAUGAAGAUCAAAGAAAAGAGAACUGUAAAAUCAGUAGUGGACGAAAAAUUUUUCAAGCAAUUGCCCAAGAACUUCAAAAGCAGAGGUUCGCUGAACAUGGCCGACAGCCUGAUGAUCUGGAAGAUGACACUGUUUAUCAGAACAGAUGA